AUGGAUAAGCAAACCAUAACAUUCGUCACUGGUAAUUCCAACAAAUUAAAGGAAGUCGUUGCCAUUUUGCAAAAAGGUGAAUCAAUUCCUUCUGAAAGCGGCUCAGUUGUGGGGGACUAUAAGAUAGUCAAUAAAUCUCUCGAUUUGCAAGAAGUUCAAGGAAGUGUUGAUGAAGUCACCAUUAGCAAGGCAAGGGCCGCCGCAGAUAUAAUUAAAGGUCCUGUGUUGGUUGAAGACACUUGUUUAGUUUUCAAGUCAUUUAAUGGAUUGCCAGGCCCGUAUAUCAAAUGGUUUGAGAAAAAGCUUGGUCUCCAAGGAGUAAUUGACAUGUUAUUUAAGUUUGAAGAUAAAUCUGCUCAGGCCAUCAGCACAUUUGGGUAUUGCGAAGGCCCAGGAAAGGAGGUGAAGCUUUUCCAGGGUGUGACAGAGGGAACAAUUGUUGAUAAACCUAGAGGUCCAACCGAUUUUGGCUGGGAUUCCAUCUUUCAACCAGUUGGAUUUACAGAGACCUAUGCACAAAUGGAUAAAAAAAUAAAGAACUCCAUUAGUCACAGAUACAGAGCUUUAGAUAAGUUUAGUAAUUUCCUUACUAACUGA